AUGUCCAAAGAGGGCCUGUCACCCGGCCCGCACCCGGCCCGCGGUGGCGAUGUGGACUCCAGGGCAGGAGGCGCCCGCGCUUCGGGCCCCCGGACGCCCUCGGCUGCAGGAAGCGCCCUGACUCCAGGGAAGUUUGUUCCAAGCUCUAAGCUCGGUGUUCUCUUCGCCAGGCGGCCGGGCCCGGGAACCUGCCCACGCAGCCUCUCCCUGCUGACAGGGCCGCUCCAGCCGGAGCACGACCGAGCGCAGCAGCGUCCGCACCUGCCCGAGCCGUCGGGCCCCGCACCGCAGACGUCCCCGCCUCACCUCAGACGUCCCCGCCUCACCUCAGACGUCCCCGCCUCACCUCAGACGUCCCCGCCUCACCUCAGACGUCGCCGCCUCACCGCAGACCUCCCCGCCUCACCGCAGACCUCCCCGCCUCACCUCAGACCUCCCCGCCUCACCUCAGACCUCCCCGCCUCACCUCAGACCUCCCCGCCUUACAGACCUCCCCGCCUCACCGCAGACCUCCCGGCCUCACAGACCUCCCCGCCUCACCGCAGACCUCCCGGCCUCACAGACCUCCCCGCCUCACAGACCUCCCCGCCUCACCGCAGACCUCCCGGCCUCGCAGACCUCCCCGCCUCACCUCAGACCUCCCGGCCUCACAGACCUCCCCGCCUCACCUCAGACCUCCCGGCCUCACAGACCUCCCCGCCUCACCGCAGACCUCCCCGCCUCACCUCAGACCUCCCCGCCUCACAGACCUCCCCGCCUCACCUCAGACCUCCCCGCCUCACCUCAGACCUCCCCGUCUCACAGACCUCCCCGUCUCACAGACCUCCCCGCCUCACCGCAGACCUCCCGGCCUCACAGACCUCCCCGCCUCACCGCAGACCUCCCGGCCUCACAGACCUCCCCGCCUUACAGACCUCCCCGCCUCACCUCAGACCUCCCGGCCUCACAGACCUCCCCGCCUCACCUCAGACCUCCCCACCUCACAGACCUCCCCGCCUCACCUCAGCGCUCCCCGCCUCACCGACGUCCUCGCCUCACCUCCUCCCCGCCUCACGGACCUCCUGGCCUCACAGACCUCCCCGCCUCAUCUCAGACCUCCCGGCCUCACAGACCUCCCCGCCUCACCUCAGACCUCCCCGCCUCACAGACCUCCCCGCCUCACCGCAGACCUCCCGGCCUCGCAGACCUCCCCGCCUCACCUCAGACCUCCCGGCCUCACAGACCUCCCCGCCUCACCUCAGACCUCCCGGCCUCACAGACCUCCCCGCCUCACCGCAGACCUCCCCGCCUCACCUCAGACCUCCCCGCCUCACAGACCUCCCCGCCUCACCUCAGACCUCCCCGCCUCACCUCAGACCUCCCCGUCUCACAGACCUCCCCGCCUCACCGCAGACCUCCCGGCCUCACAGACCUCCCCGCCUCACCGCAGACCUCCCGGCCUCACAGACCUCCCCGCCUCACCUCAGACCUCCCCGCCUUACAGACCUCCCCGCCUCACCUCAGACCUCCCGGCCUCACAGACCUCCCCGCCUCACCUCAGACCUCCCCACCUCACAGACCUCCCCGCCUCACCUCAGCGCUCCCCGCCUCACCGACGUCCUCGCCUCACCUCCUCCCCGCCUCACGGACCUCCUGGCCUCACAGACCUCCCCGCCUCAUCUCAGACCUCCCCGUCUCACAGACCUCCCCGCCUCACCGCAGACCUCCCGGCCUCACAGACCUCCCCGCCUCACCGCAGACCUCCCGGCCUCACAGACCUCCCCGCCUCACCUCAGACCUCCCCGCCUUACAGACCUCCCCGCCUCACCUCAGACCUCCCGGCCUCACAGACCUCCCCGCCUCACCUCAGACCUCCCCACCUCACAGACCUCCCCGCCUCACCUCAGCGCUCCCCGCCUCACCGACGUCCUCGCCUCACCUCCUCCCCGCCUCACGGACCUCCUGGCCUCACAGACCUCCCCGCCUCAUCUCAGACCUCCCGGCCUCACAGACCUCCCCGCCUCACCUCAGCCCUCCCCGCCUCACCGACGUCCUCGCCUCACCUCCUCCCCGCCUCACGGACCUCCCGGCCUCACAGACCUCCUCGCCUCACCUCAGACCUCCCCGCCUCACAGACCUCUCCGCCUCACCUUCUCCGCGCCUCACCUCCUCCCUGCACCGCAGACCUCCCCGCCUCACAGACGACCCCGUCUCACAGGUCUCCCCGCACCGCAGACCACCCCGUCUGACAGGCCUCCCCGCCUCACCUCCUCCCCGCCCCGCAGACCUCCCCGCCUCACCUCCUCCCCGCUUCACAGAUCUCCCGGCCUCACCUCCUCCCGCGCCGCCGGGGACGCAGCUUUAACCCCUUCGCCCCUCGGAACGAACGGGGAAGAGUAA